AGCAGAUUCAGAAUCCAGAUCACAAUCAGCUGAUACAGGUUCAGGGACAAAGGAUGCACUGACCCAGGUGUACCAAUACCAAUACCUCCUAGUGGCUGUUAAAACCCAGAAUCAAAGUGCUCUAAUCCUGGGCUUCCAGAGAUCUUAUUCAUGAGAAGGAGAAAGGCUGAAGAAGACUAGUUCAAUUUUUUUUAAAUGAUGCCAGUUUUCUACCCUCCAUGCUUGAGAAGUCAGGAAAUUUCUAUGUUGGGUACCACUCUUGGCAAAUGCAGAUACAACAUGCUUGGCAUGCAGAAAAUCCUUUCUCUCCAACAUUUCUUCAAAGAGGUACCAAAUCAAAUCCCACUACAAUCCUGCCAAGAAGAAUUGGAGCCCCAAGAUGGUGUUUUUGAAGCUGAUCACUUCCCCAUGGAAACUAUGGCAACACAUUUCUCUUCGAAGGAAGGGGUCUAGUCAUUCAGAUGACAAAUGCUAUGAAAAGUUGGCCUUAGCCCACUUGGCUUGA